AUAACUGAAACUAAUCGAAUCGUUUUGACGACUCGGGUGGGCGAGGACCAGGCGACACCGGGACACAUGAGCUGACCAUGGUCGCCAUGGUGGCUCUGGGGGCCGCGAGAUGGCUCGGGACCUCCAACGACCCCGCCGGGGUCAUCCGGAGCCCCAAGCUGGACGACGCCACGCCGGCGCCGGGCGACAACCCCUACCUGUGGGACCUCAUGCACAACAUGACCGGCAACAUGACCAACUGCACCAACGACUACUGCGUGCCGGACGACGAGUACCUGGACAUGAUCGAGACGUACGUGUUCCCCACCAAGUACGAGUGGCUGCUCAUCGCCAUGCACCUGUGCGUCUUCACCGUGGGGCUGGUGGGCAACGCGCUGGUGUGUGCCGCGGUGUACCGCAACCCCGGCAUGCGCACCGUCACCAACUACUUCCUGGCCAACCUGGCCGUGGCCGACUUCCUGGUCAUCCUGCUGUGCCUGCCGCCCACCGUGCUGUGGGACGUCACGGAGACCUGGUUCAUGGGCUGGUUCAUGUGCAAGGUGGUGCUGUACUUCCAGACCGUGUCCGUGGCCGUGUCUGUGCUGACGCUCACCUUCAUCUCCCUGGAGCGCUGGUACGCCAUCUGCUUCCCGCUGCAGUUCCGCUCCACCAUCAGCAGGGCCAAGAGGGCCAUCAUCUUCAUCUGGGCGCUGGCACUCCUGUUCGACAUUCCCGAGCUGGUAGUGCUGCACACGGAGCAGAAAAAGUUCAACGUGGACUCGGUGCUGCUGACGCAGUGCUGCCCCUCGUGGACGCCGGAGACGGACAUGGUGUUCCACUGCGUCAAGAGCCUGUUCCUGUACUUCCUGCCGCUGGGCUUCAUGCUCAUCGCCUACUGCCAGAUCGCCAGGGUGCUGUGGGACGAGAAGUACUUCCCGGAGGAAGGUGAGGUUAGGUUAGCGGCCAUGACGGUGGACGCCGUGGGCCGCACCGGCCGCACCGGCCAGACCCUCGGCCACGGCCUCGCCCAGGGCAGACGCAGCGGCUGGCGGGUUCGCACCCGCUCCAGGCGGAAGGCCGCCAAGAUGCUGGUCGCCGUCGUGCUGCUGUUCGCCAUCUGCUACCUGCCGGUGCACCUGCUCAGCAUCUUGCGGUACACCAUGGAGAUGCAGUCCAACGAGUGGACGGUGGCGUUCUCGCUGCUCUCGCACUGGCUGUGCUACGCCAACAGCGCGCUCAACCCGCUCAUCUACAACUUCAUGAGUGAGAAGUUUCGGAAAGAGUUCCACCGCACGUUCAGCUGCCGCCUGUGGAAGGGCAGGGGCGCUAUGCAGGCCCACGCGCCCAACACGCGGCCCAGCACGCGCUCCGUCAUCGUGCACCUCGGCAGGCACUCCAACGUCGAGACCGUGCCCAUGCUCAUCGUGACCCCGGCCCGCCACGCCAACGGCGCCCACGGCGCCAACGGCAUCCUGGAGGAGGAGGACUGCACCAACGUGUAGCCAGGCCAACACAGCGUGCAGUCGUCUCCAGCCGGACCAAGCCAAAGACUUUUUUCUCGAUAUCCAACGCGUCAAGUACAGCCUUCUCGAAUGA